AUUAAAUUGCACUUCAUUAAAACAUUUGGGAUAUCCCCUAUCUUUGGGGCCAAAGUUUUUUAUGGUUUCUCAUUAGGCUCUUUUCUUCCCUUUGGUUUGGGUCAAGUUAAAGAUAAGGGCAACAAGCGAGGCUUCUCCAUACUUAUAUUGAUUCUUCUACAUUUUGUGGAGCUUUCAUGCACCACAACUAAAUAACAACAACGAUACUCAAUUCCGACUUGUUGGUAAAAGGUCAUAUGUGAGGUUUGUCAUAUAUCAUGUAAGUUUUUGAAGAUAAAACACUUUUCUUUUUUGUUUUAUUUAAGAAGAAAUUAUAAGUGUAUUUUAGUAUUUGUAAUGUGAGAGGAAACAAAUAUGAGAUCUUCAAGUAGUGUAGGACUUGGUUUAAGUCUUAUUUUUGGGUGUUUGUUGUUAGCUCUUAUAGCUGAGCUUUACUAUUUGUUAUGCUGGAAGAAAAGAGUUACUACAAAUACAGAGAUUCAACAAGAAUGUUACAAUAGUCCAACAAGAGAGUUCUUGUACUUGUUUUGUUGGAAAAAGCCAUCAUCUUUGACCUCAACUGGGAUAACCACAGACACCCAAGUUCAUGAACCACAAGCAUCCUCCUCAUGGUUCAGACCACUAAUUGGUGAAAGUAGUUAUGAAGACAUGACUACAGUUGAAACUGAGCUCUUGAGGCUGCAAAAUCCCUCAGCUGGCCCACCAAGAUUUUUGUUCACAAUCAAAGAAGAAACAAAGGAAGAUUUGGAAUCAGAAGAUAGAAGUAGUAAAAAAGGUUCAUCAUCAAGAGGAAGAAGUUUAAGUGAUGUUGUUUUUACAGUUGAGACACCAUAUUUUACUCCACUUGCUUCACCACCAAAUUUUACCCCACCUAUAACACCUAGAGAGUCAACUUAUAGACCAUUUAGUCCCUUAAGACAUUCAUCAAGUGAUGCUGAAUUCAACAGGAUUUGGGCAUCACCACCUCCAAAGUUCAAGUUUUUGAGAGAUGCUGAAGAUAAACUUGAAAAAAGAAGACUAAUUGAAAAGUUUGGAGUUGAUGGUUGUAGUGUUCAAAAAAGUGAUGAUUAUUGUAAUCAUAAUGGAGUAAAAGAUGAUGAAAAUGGCGCUUUCAUCACACUCAUUGUCUCUUCUAAAGAAAAUGAAAAUGGUCAUCACAACAAUAUAAUCUCAUCACAAAGUUCAUCACAGGUACUUCCUUUAGCUGCCUCUCCUCCUACAUUUAGACCGCGAUUUCACAAGAAUCCAAGUUCACAUUAGUGCCUCAUCAAUGAAUUGAAUCAAUUUGGGUUCUUAUUGUACACAUUGUAUGUUUAAACUUUGUAUGAGAGAUUUAAUAGAAGUUUAGUUCUACAAAA